GCUUUUUCCUAAGCGUUUCUCACAGAACAAAAUUAUAACGAAUCACCUAAAGAUGGCGGCGUCCAUUGCCCCGCACUGUUUGCCUAUUCUUUUUUGAAAAAAAUAUACAAUUUUGUAUAGGGAAAGAGAUAACUUAAGAGUCAAGUGAAAUCAGCAGGUUGUUGACAAGAUGUAUGCAAUCUACAAACAAAUGCACCAGCCCACAGGGGUGGAACACUGUGUCUACUGUAACUUUCUCAGUACAUCAGAGCAGAACCUUGUUAUAGCAGCUGUCAAUCAAAUACAUGUCUACAGACUUAACCCAGAAUUUGAGGAAAAUGGUGAAGACAAAUCAGAAGAUAAUGUGAAACAGAAACUGGAAUGUUUGGCCACAUUUUCUCUGUUUGGCAACAUCAUGUCCAUGAAGGCUGUGAGACUGCCUGGUGCACAGAGAGAUGCUUUAUUACUGGGAUUUUCUGAUGCAAAGUUAUCAGUUGUUGAGUACGAUGUUGGCAUGCAUGAUCUUCAGACAACAUCUCUCCAUCAUUUUGAGGACCAGAAAUUAAAGGAUUUCUCUGACCCUUGUGCCAUCCCAACAAUACGUAUAGACCCUGACGGUAGAUGUGCGGCCAUGUUGAUUUACGGAACAAAACUUGUUGUUUUACCAUUCCGCAAAGAUGUGUAUUCAGAAGAUGUGGAAAGUAUCAUGGAAGGAGAUGAAAAGUCAACUAAAGCUAGGUACCCGAUUCAGAACUCGUAUAUUAUUGACAUGAGGAGUUUUGAUGAGAAGAUCAUAAACAUUCUGGACUUCCAGUUCCUGCAUGGUUAUUACGAGCCCACGGUGUUCAUUCUGUAUGAGCCCUAUCCAACAUGGGCAGGGAGGGUAGCAGUGAGAUCAGACACUUGCAGUAUAGUCGCCAUAUCAUUGAACAUUGCUGAGAAGGUCCAUCCUAUCAUCUGGUCUCUGUCUAGUCUGCCAUUUGACUGUUUGCAGUGUCUACCUGUUCCGAAACCUAUAGGUGGGGUUCUAGUGUUUGCUGUUAAUUCCUUGUUAUACCUGAACCAGAGUGUGCCGCCAUAUGGAGUAUCCCUGAAUAGUAUAGCUGCCACUUGCAGUGCCUUCCCUCUUCGAGUACAGGAAGGUGUCCGUAUAACCUUGGACUGUUCACAGGCAGCUUUUAUAUCCUAUGACAAAUUGGUGUUGUCUCUGAAAGGAGGUGAAUUGUAUGUGUUAACGUUAAUGGUGGACGGUAUGAGAAGUGUGAGGAGUUUUAACUUCGAUAAAUCAGCAGCCAGUGUCCUUACAACCUGUAUGUGUCUGUGUGAAGAUGGAUAUUUAUUUCUGGGUUCGCGACUUGGCAAUUCUCUACUCCUGAAGUACACAGAGAAGGCAUCAGCAUCUACUGACAAAGACAAACCUAGUGAGCCACCAGCAAAGAAAAAGAAAACAGACGGCCCAACUGAUAUGGCAUCUGAUGUGACAUUAGUUGAGAAUCUGGAUGAACUGGAGGUGUAUGGAGCUAGCGAGAACCCUUCUGGUACCACAAUUACAUCUUACGUGUUUGAGGUAUGUGAUAACAUUUGGAAUAUUGCCCCCUGUGGAAACAUUGUGAUGGGGGAGCCAGCAUUUCUGUCAGAGGAGUUCAGUAACACAGUGGAUCCUGACCUUGAGCUUGUCACUACGUCAGGGUAUGGUAAAAAUGGAGCACUGUCUGUACUACAGAGAAGUAUAAGGCCCCAAGUUGUGACAACGUUUGAGCUUCCAAGCUGUGUGAACAUGUGGACAGUAACAGGACCAAAAACUAGCAGUGAGAAUGGUGAAGGAGACAAACAAGAGUUACAGGAUGGUCAUGCUUUCCUGAUCCUCAGCAGGCCUGACUCAAGUAUGAUUCUGCAGACUGGUCAGGAGAUACAGGAGUUAGAUCACAGUGGGUUCAGUACACAGACAGCCACUAUAUACGCCGGAAAUGUUGGGGAAGGACGGUAUAUACUACAGGUGUCUUCUGGUGGUGUCAGAUUGCUAGAUGGAGUACAACAGCUCCAGCACAUACCUAUAGAGAUGGGUACCCCGAUUGUACAGUGUACUGUAGCUGAUCCCUAUAUAUUAAUAAUGAGUGAUGAGGGAACCAUCAUGAUGUUAACAUUGAAACAAGAAGUGACAGGUGCCAGGCUUGUUCUCACUAAACCUCUCAUAUCAAAUAAACCAAGAGUAACCACCCUUUGUGCUUAUAAAGAUGAGAGUGGAAUGUUCACGACAUCGUCUGUAGAGGUUGAGGAGGAAACAACAACAACAGAACAGAAAAUAAACAUGAAUACAUCCCUGGAGAAAGUCUUCAGUAUGGAGAACAGCACAGUUGAUGAUGAGGAUGAGCUGUUGUAUGGGGAUGAUGAUACCUCAGCUAUAGACACCUCAGCUAAUAUCAGUAUGAAGGAAGAGACAAAACCUAGUAAGAAGACACAGAAGAAGGAAGUGAGGAUAUCCUAUUGGUUGGCUGUUGCAAGAGAAAAUGGAUCAUUGGAGAUCUUAAGUUUACCAGAUUUUAAGAUAGCAUACUAUGUGAAGACGUUCCCAAUUGGUCAGAAAGUGUUGGUGGAUACAGGGAGUCAGAAAGAGUUGGGGGCCAGCAAAUCAGGGUCAGGUUUAAGCCAAGAUAAGAACGUUACUGAUACAAUGUCUAUACAUGAGGUUUUACUGGUUGGAUUAGGUCAGCAGAAAUCUCGGCCUUACCUUCUGGCAAGAGUAGAGGAUGGUUUGUUGAUCUAUGAAGCAUUCCCGUAUUACCAGUCAAAGGCAGAGAAUCACCUUAAAAUACGCUUCAAGAAGGUUCAGCAUAAUCUGAUACUGAAGGAACGUAAAGUGAAGUUUCGGAAGAGAGGCGAGGAGAUUAUAGAUGAGUUUGACGAGCUAAAAAAUGACCAGGGACAGUGGUUUAGAUACUUUGAUGAUAUCUCAGGAUAUAGUGGUGUAUUUAUAUGUGGUCCCUACCCCCACUGGUUGUUUAUGACACAGAGGGGAUCUCUCAGAAUACACCCUAUGGGAAUUGAUGGAGCCAUCACAUGCUUCGCUCCAUUCCAUAAUGUGAAUUGUCCUAAAGGAUUCCUCUACUUUAAUAAACAGGGCGAGCUGCGAAUCUCAGUAUUACCCACCCACUUAACAUAUGACGCUCCCUGGCCGAUACGGAAAGUACCUCUUAGAUGUACACCACAUUUCAUUAUCUAUCACACAGACAGUAAGACAUAUGCAGUAGUGAUGCAUACACCAGAUGUUGGUAAUAAACUGCCCAAAGUUACAUCAGAGGAAAGAGAGUUUGACGUUUUUGAGAAAGAUGAGAGAUUUGUAUACACAACAGCACAGAAAUUUUCCUGCCAACUGUAUAGUCCUACUUCGUGGGAAGUGGUUCCGAAUACACAAAUAGAGAUGGAGGAAAUGGAACAUGUCACAGCUUUGAAAUAUGUUCUGUUGAAAUCAGAGGAGACCGUGUCUGGAGUGAAGGGAUAUGUUGCCAUAGGAACCAACUUCUGUCAUGGAGAAGAUAUUCUUGCUAGAGGAAGAAUAAUCAUUUUUGAUGUGAUAGAAGUUGUUCCCGAACCAGGCCAGCCUUUAACUAAACAUAAAAUUAAGGUUGUUUAUGAUAAAGAACAGAAAGGUCCAGUAACGUCACUGUCUCACUGUAACGGUUUCCUUGUCUCAGCUGUAGGACAAAAGAUAUUUUUGUGGACAUUAAAAGAUGAUGAUCUCAUUGGUGUUGCCUUCAUUGACACACAUAUCUACAUACAUUCUAUGGUCACAUUAAAGAACUUGAUAUUUGCUGCUGAUGUACAGAAGAGUGUGACAUUAUAUAGAUAUCAGGAACAGGAGAGGGUGCUAUCACAAGUCUGCAGGGAUGUGAAACCGUUGGAGGUGUACAGUCUGGACUAUUUUGUUGAUAGUUCACAGUUAUCAUUUGUAGUUACAGACAAAUUAAAGAAUAUUCUGAUUUACCAGUACUUGCCAGAAAUACGAGAAAGUCAUGGAGGGACAAGGUUGCUGAGGAGGGCCGAUUUUAAUGCAGGAUCUCAUAUCAACACAAUGUUCCGAGUACGAUGUAAACUUUCUGAUCCUUCCACAGAAAAGAAACUCACCGGACCAAUAGAGCGGCGACAUGUCACUUACUUUGCCUCUCUGGACGGAAGUUUGGGCUACCUUUUACCUAUCUCAGAGAAAGUAUAUAGAAGAUUGCUGAUGUUACAGAAUGCUCUCAACAUGCAGUUACCUCACACAGCUGGGCUCAAUCCUAGGGCGUAUAGAGCUGUCAGGAACAACUCACUAGAUCUCUCAAAUGCCCACAAAAAUAUUUUAGAUGGGGAACUACUUUGGAAAUUUUUACAUUUAAGUGUACUUGAGAAAUCAGAAAUGGCAAAAAGAAUAGGAACUAGUGUAGACCAGUUAGUAGAAGAUUUGAUGGAAGUUGAUAGAUCGACAGCUCAUUUCUGAACUCUAAUACAUCUAUGAAGAUAAAAGACAAAUGUGGUUGCCAUACAGAGGAAAGCUAUUGUUCUGAACUGAAUGCUUUUGCCUUUUAGACUUGGCAUAGUGUUUAUGACAUUUAAUACACAGUCCAGGGACUUUUUCUUGGUAUGUCACGAAUCAAGGAAUUUUGAGAUAUGGUGGAAAGCCAUGAUACAUUGGCUCAUUUCAUUGCUUACCAUGAUAGUGUUUAGUACAAAUGUUAUUAACAGCCUGGGACUUUUCAGGAUUUGUCCUGUAUUAGAGAGCUUUUAAUGGACACAUUUAUGUAAAAUUAAUGCUGUUGGGAAUGUUUGUGUUCAGCUUGAUACAUGUAGAUGACUUUAGAUGACUCACAGGGCUAAAACACUUUUAGAGGAUUCAUCUGUGAAAUAACACGAGUUUUAGGUUUUCCUAGGAUGGUGUCAUAAUUGGAAGAAGGGAGAUUUUGACCGAGGAUGUUUUUGCCACCUAAUGCAAUAGGGGAACCAGUCAAUGGGAAUGUAUUUACUGUAAUCCAUUUAAACCAUGUACCCUAGCUGGUGUAGAAAAUAGAAAUGAAAGUGCAUGAUUUUGAAGAAGCUACGACUAAGAUGUAUAUAAGAUAGUACACAAGAUAUGGGAUACAAAAAUGAUCCCAUCUAUUCUGUAGUUUUUCUUUUACAUCUCAUGUUGAAAAAUAUCAAAUUUGGAAAAGUGCAUAUUUACAACUUUAUUACAUUGUUAAACAAUAAGGUAAAUAAAAAAAAACAAUUUACUUUAGGAUGUUGUAUAUAAAGCAAUUUUUAGACAUUGUAUAAAACAAGAUUAUGAAGAACCAGUCAUGUAUGUCUUUGUUAUGUUGAGAUAAUUACAAGCAACGCUAUAAAUAGGGCAGUUUGUUCUUAGUGUUGCAUGCAUUUUAUAGAAUCAUUUAUUUAAUGCUCUGUCCAGACAAUAUGCUGAGUCAGCUCAAAUUUGAUCUCUGGAAAGACUCCUGUUUUCUUUUACAAUUCAAAAGGGGGCAAUAUAUGGGAAGGCGUUUGUUCCCAAUUAACUUGUCAUUCAUGUGGGCAAGUUGUCAGUUAAUUAAAUAGAACAAGUAGGUACUAGAAAUAGUAGAAAGAACACUGGUGAAAUUUAUUGAUUGACUGAGAAACACUUGACCAGUAAUGUUUUAACCAAGUCAGAUAAGCCUCUGAGUCAUACCAGACAGCAAUAAGCGGGUAAAGUAACUGGGCAAAACACGGUUUAAUCAUUCAUUACAUAAUAAACUUGUAUUUUAUUGAAUGUAGGACAACAUUUACCCUCAUCCGUGCUCAGAGAAAAUCCCUUCCCUGUUGGAUUAGACCAAGUGUGACAAAAUCCAAUUUUGAUUUCAUAAAAUGAGAAGAUGGUACUAAAAAAAUUGCUUUUAUUGACUUAUUACAUUUCAUUAAGUUGAGAAUAAUCUUUUUAAACUUUGUAGUCUUAGAAUAAAGAAAUGUUUUGAAGUCAAAGUAGAGUUUUUGUCCAUUUUUAUCGUAUUGAGCAAGGGGAUUUUGUGAGGAGGUGGGAGAGGGAGAGAUUGUUUUCCAUUUUACCGAGUACAUGUACAUUAAGACUCACUCGGAAUAAGUAUUAUGACAUUCAUUUGUUCAUUCAUUGGUCAAAUUGCUAUACAUGUAUGUAUGUAUGUAUAAUGUUUUUCAUUUAUGUCUUUGUUAAGGAUAAAUGUCUGUAUUUUUGUACAGAAUAAAAGCUAUAACUACUUGUG